AUGAACGCUUCUCCACGUCACGCGGAUUUGUCCGUGGCUGUUUGACCGUACCUCUCCACGCCGGGUCGCGAUCGAUCGCCCGGUCGAGAUGGACGACGCGUACGGCGUGGACGAAGGGUGACGGACGCGUUCCCACGUCCCCUCCCUCCCCCCCCGCUCCCAUUCCUCUUCGCCGCCGCCGCCGGGCCCCGCCGCUCCGCCUGUGCCCCCAGGCCCAUGUCCGGCAAACAGGAGCCAGCCGCCACCAGCAGAGGAGACGCCGUGAAAUACGGAGAGCUCAUCGUCCUGGGGUACAAUGGCUCGCUGCCGGAUGGAGACCGGGGCAGGCGUAAGAGCCGCUUUGCGCUCCACCGCCGAGCCAAGGCCAACGGCGUGCAGCCCAGCAGCUCGCACAUCACCACGGCGAUGCAGGAGUGCAAGGCCGUGUCGAGCAAGGAGCAGCACAGCAUCUCCUACGGCCUCUCGCGCAGCCACGUGGUGGUGGUGGAGUACGUCCACGACCCGGACCAGGACAUGUACCUGGUGGGUCGCUCCGGCGAGGCUCCCGUCGACUUCGUGGUGAUGGACACGGCGCCGCGGAAGUCGCCGGGCGGCGGCGGCGGGGACGGCGGCAGCAGCACCGGCAGCGGCGACAGCCCGACGGCGCAGAGCACCAUCUCGCGCUUCGCGUGCCGCAUCCUGUGCGAGCGCUCGCCGCCGCACCGCGCCCGGGUCUAUGCCGCCGGCUUCGACUCCUCCAACAACAUCUUCCUCGGGGAGCGUGCAACUAAGUGGCGCGACGCGGACGGCUCCAUGGACGGCCUCACGACGAACGGCGUGCUGGUGAUGCAUCCACGCGGCGGCGGCGGCGGUGGCGGCGGCGGUGGCGGCGAGCUGUCCGAGCUGGUGCAGCCCGGAGUGUGGCGUGAGGUGUCGGUGGGCGGCAAGGUGUACACGCUGCGCGAGACGCGCUCCGCACAGCACCGCGGCUGCCUGGUGGAGACGGAGAGCAACGAGCUGCAGGACGGCUCCCUCGUCGACCUGUGCGGCGCCACGCUGCUGUGGCGCACGGCCGAGGGCCUGCGCCGCUCGCCCACCGUGCGGCACAUCGAGCUGCUGCGCCAGGAGCUGAACGCCGCUCGGCCGCAGUGCCCCGUGGGGCUCAACACCCUGGCCUUCCCCAGCACCGCCCAGCAGCAGCAGCAGCGGCGCAUGGGCGGCGCCGCGGGGGGAGGGGGCGGCCGUUACGUCGCCCGGCCCGACGCUCGACAGCCCUGGGCCUACCUGACGUGCGGCCACGUGCACGGCCGCCACGAUUGGGGCUUGCGCGAGGACGCCGCCGCCGCGGGAGCCGGGGGGACGGGGGCCGCGUGGCAGCAGCAGCAGCAGCAGCAGGACCAGCGGCGCGAGUGCCCCGUGUGCCGCUCGCUGGGGCCCUACGUGGCCCUGUCGCUGGGCUGCGAGGCCGGCUUCUACGUGGACGGGGAGGCCCCGACGCACGCCCUCACGCCGUGCGGCCACGUGUGCUCGGAGCGCACGGCGCGCUACUGGGCGGCCGUGCCGCUGCCCCACGGCACGCACGCCUUCCACGCCACGUGCCCCUUCUGCGCCGCGCAGCUCACGGGCGAGCAGGGCUUCGUGCGCCUCAUCUUCCAAAGCCCCGUCGACUGAGAAGGCCGCCCGCCAGCGGUCGCCCCGAAUGUGCGCGCGAUCGCUCGCCGCCCCUCCCCCACCGCGCUCGAUCGCUCGCCCGUCUCGUCCCCCCGUGGCUCUCCGUGCCGAGUCGUCGCUCUCUUGCCCGGUCGCACAGUUGCCCAGUAAACCGGUCGCCCGCUCGCCCGGUCACUCGGUCGUCCGCUCGCCCGGUCGCUCGGUCAACCGGUCGCCCGGGCGACCGCUCACCCGGUCGCUUGGUCAACCGCUCGCCCGGUCAACCGCUCGCCCGGUCAACCGCUCGCCCGGUCGCCCGGUCGCCCGGUCGCCCGGUCGCUCGGUCGCUCUGUCGCUCUGUCGCCCGGUCGCUCGCUCGCUACGCCCCGGCCCCCUACUGCCCCGCAACACCACUGGGGGCUCUUGGGGCAGUCGAGGGGCUGUGCGCAACGAACGACUUGGGUCCCUCCACUCGACCCAUUCCCCCGCCCCGGCCAGUGUUCAUGGAGUUUACAUUCCAGUCCUGUUUAGUCUCGGGGCUUAGGCUAUUUGUCAACAACCUGUGUGGAUUUCCGUGAAAGCGAGACACGUGGGAGCAUUUGCCGACCUGCGAACGAAAUGCACGGACGAAAACUUAAGAUAAAAUCCAGUGGAGUUUGAAUCUGAUGAGCGAGCAGUGGGAUGGUGGCGGGAGACUGUCGAGGUCAGACCUUAGAGGUUAUCGGGUCGCGUGUCUGGCAGAGGUGGGCGGAAAGCUUUUGGCCGCAAUGGCGAUCUUAUCCUCGAAGAUAAAAAAAAUAUCAAAAGAUAAUAAAAAUCACACAGGUUGUGCAUCGAAUAGCCUAACGGGGCUCGAAGUGCCGACUGCAUCAACACUGCCACUGGCUGACCCCCCCCCCCACCAACCCCAGACCCCCCCCCCCGGUCGUCCGCGCAUGAACCGCACCGCAGCGUCACGGGGGUGUGGGGGGGUCGUGAGGAUCGCGACGGAGGAGGAGGGGGAAGGACCACGUCCCCCGAACGUCGCGUUGUGACAAAUUGUCGCCCGCGGGGUGUGUGUGUGUGUGUGGUUAUUUUUUUUACAUUUCGAAGCCGUAAAGGGCACGGCGCUGUUUCAUUUUGGAUGCAAAUUGAGUUCGUUUUUUUUUGUAUUGGUAUUUAAGAAAUUGUUUUCAAGGCUGCACAGUUGAUUUUGUACAAUCUCCCACCUAUUUAUAAAUUGCAAUGCAAGGAUUUAUUUAAGUUGUUUGUGUUGCUUCUGAGUGUAAAUGAGCCGUUUUUAACGUCUGCUCUCGUGAACUAAAAAAAGCCUCCGUUGGGGUCGGAGGCGAGUCGUCCCGCAAUCUUGAUAUUAAAGUAUUUUCUUUUGCGCCGAAACAAAAUGCCCCCAGGUCCCUGUCGCAGCUGGCUUACCCUGCCCCAUUAUUUAAAUGCUGGAGCCUAAUUAUAGACGAGAGCUGUGGUGGUUUAUUUUUGUUUCUUGGAGUAUUUAUUUUGAAGUGUGCCAUGAUUCUCGUGCUGCCGCUGCUACGUGAGUUGGCGGAAGUCUGUCGUGGGUCCGGAAGACGCCGUUGCGCUUAGAGGUGCAUAGAUUACAAGAUUUACCCCCCCACCUGCCCCCACCACACGCCCGCUGUGCCAAGCCUCCAUAGACACGUGACGGCUAUGACAAGACGUGUCAUAGCCUUGGGGGGUGGAGGCGGGGGGGGGCGGCCUCUUGACAAGAAUGAUACAGAGACCCAACUCCCCAACAAUUUUUGCCGAGGUCGGCUCUGACAGAAUAUGACGAGGGCUUUGGGGGGGGGGCGGGGUUCAGAGUUUAAACCAGCGACAAUGGCUCUACAGAAUACAUAACAACAAUAGUGGCUCACGAGAGGAGAAGAUUUCUGAUCCGGUUCACGAGCCGUUCUUGAUCCAACUGCCUUGUGUUGCAGCAAUGCAGGCGUGCGUGUGCGUGCGUGCGAAGGGGCUCCAGUAGACCGGUCUAUGCUCGGCACUUGCGUGCACGCGUGCUAACGUCACCUCGCUCGCACCGUCUCAGCGGUGGGCGGACGCCCGGCAGCAGCGGUAACGGCCCGUGGCGUUUCACUUCAAUGAACCGGUCGGCUGAUGACGCACCGGCACGCAGCGAUUACGAAACACUUGCCUCCGGACCAAAUGCACGUAACUAGGAAUGCUUCUUCAUACCGCCGAACGCAUAGGGGGGGGGGGUGGUGGGGGUGGUGGGGGGUGGGGAGAUCUAGGGCCCCACGCUGCGGCCACGCACGGGACUUCGUUCCGUAGGGCCCCACUGCCCCCCCGAGGCCAGCGGUGAUAUUGAGAAACUUACAAGAGAAUGGGCGUUCCCGAAGUUCAAAGCGUUUUAAAUCUGGCCGUACGUUAAGAGACGCGAAAAAAAUGGAUUGUAUUUUCUCUGAUGUACAACAAACUAAAAAUUACAAUUUCCCCUCCUAGAAUCCACACUGCCUGAGUUCUGCUGCUUCGGAGAUGCUCCCAGUGAUAUCCGUCACUGGGAGCAUCUCCGUCGCGCUAAUCGGGUCCUAGAGGGGGGGGGGACACGUCGGUACGCGGGCGACGACGCCGCACCUCCGAUUUAUCGCGGCCGUGCUAAGUGCAGCGCGAAAGAAGUUCAGCACGCACGUAGGUCGAGAGCGCCCUCUCUUGCAGCGGCAGACGUGUGACGGGUUCUUGGGAACGUGUGGCGGCCCGGACAGAGCCCCCCCCCCUGUUCCGAGCGUCUGGCUGACCGAUGGGGGGGGUGGGCGUACCUCGUACCUCCGCACGGUCUGUCUCGCCACCUCCUCCUGCUCGGAUCGAUCUGAUGUCCGUCUACUCGAAAGACGUCCGCCACCGCAACACCGUUGCGUGUCGUUUCUUAGCGUGCGGUCGGAAUUGCUGCCCGCAUCUUCCGACCGCUCCUGCUCCGUUUAUUUCUGGACGUUCCGUUCAUCUGCGCCCACGUGUGUGACCAUUGUCGUGAAGGUGAAGAGGGUGGGUGGGGGGGUGGGUGGGUGGGGGGGUGCGGAGGCUGAAGGAAGGUCUUGAAAUGUUAAUUUAAUUUUUUUAGAAAAUAUCACACGUUCAUGGCAGCUCUCUCUCGCGCGCGCGCACGUUUAAAAUGUUCGAGUGAAUUCGUCGCUACCGUUGAUCGUAGUGGACUAAGGGAAGCAGGCUUGGGCUGCCGUGGAGGGCGGGAGAGGGGAGACGCGCUGAAGCCCGCGGUGACGAGAGAGGGCGCGAUGAGUCCGGCGGUGCGACCGCUCUCACCACCCCCGUAACCCCCGCCUCGAAGUUCUCUUCGGCCCGCCAGUUGACUGAAGCACGGUGGCGAUUUCACACGGGGGCGGCGCUGGCAAAUGGCGGUGGCAUUGCCAUGUCCUCCUGACGUCGCUGUGUGUGGCACCACGGCCGGUUGGUGCCGUGUUCUCUUGGCGAUGCUGCGGCGAGCACCGUGCCGUCAUCGGGUGGCAGCGACGAUUCGGUGGAACGACAGUGCCCGGCAUUGGCGCCACACACCGUGCCACUCGGAGGUCGUCGUCCCCCCCCCCCCCUCGCUGUCUUAAGUUAUUAUUGCGUCGGUGGUGUCGCUGCUUGUGUUGUUUGGCAGCUGCUUCGUUUGUUGCGCCGAGUAUCCGUAAAAAAAAAACAGCCGAGCCGCGUUGACGACGCGCCAGCGUGGCUCUCGCUCGUCGCCGGCACUUGCGAGAUUCCCCCGGACGGCGCAAAUAAAUCUCUCGAGUUUUGCUACGUAAAUUAUAGAGUGGUUGGUGGUUGGUGGGUGGCAGGGGCGCUGGAGGGACACGGGGUGGGGGUGGACCGCGUCCGUUUUUGUAAGUGGCGACGGUGACGCGGACAGAGGCGAGAGAGAGAGAGGAUUUUGGGGGGGAAACGUUUAAAAAAAAAAGUUAUUUUACGAUCGACGAUGAAAUCGUGGGCAGCGUUGUGUGGUGUGUGAGGAAUAGCGUCUUGAGGUUCGGCGUCUACGCUUCCCGAUUACACAAAACAAGGGGGCCACUCCGCUACGCAGCGUCCGUAACCCAAGCGGGACGCACGUGUGCGCGACCUGCGUUGACGACGCCGCCUGCCAUCUCCACGUGAUCUCGUGCGCGCCCUCUCGGUGACGGCCCGCACCGCUCGCCCCGUGUGGCGCAGGGCAGAGUGGGGCAGCCACUCACGCGGUGCUUCGGGGUUAACGGGGGCGGGUAAAACCGGGACACCUGCAACCGUUGUGGUUAACCCUGACAAGUCAACUAUUUAUUUGACCCUGUCCGUCAACCCUUUCGUAAACCAUUCCUUGAACCCCUUUUAGUCACCCUCUCGUUAACCCUUUCGUCAAACCUCUUUUCGCCCUUUCGUGAGCCAGUCGCCGCUAUCACUAACCCCCUUCGUGAACCCCCCCCCCCCCAUACCGUCAACCCUUUAUUCAACCCCGUCGUGAGCCCUUCACCCGCCACGUGGCAUGCGUGCAUCAUCGCGUGCAUCAUCGCCUGCGCGCUACCCCCAUUUGUCCGUACACUACACACCUGGUCUGCUUUGUUACAGAUGUUCAAUUUGUUAGACGCGGCAGCGGAGUCGGUCUCGACCUCCUGCUGGGCGCCCGUCCGGCCUUCCGGCUCGGCUCGGUAACAACCAGGAACUUGACAGGAACUUCCCCCCGCCGCCCGAGCCAAGAAGCACUUUGAAGUGGCCUGGGGCUCGAACUACAGAGUUGGGGCCGCGAGGCCCGGAUCGGCGUCGGAGUACCCCCGGUAGCAAGGGUACACCCCCCAUCCCCCACCCCACCCCACAUCCCCCCCACCCCCCCCCACAUCCCCCCCACCCCCCCCAACCCCUCCACCACUCCCUCAUCCCUCCCACCACCCCAUCUCUCCCCGUCACCCCCACCUUCCCUCCCCACCCCCCAUCCCCUCCCCCACCCGCUCCCCCACCACCCCUAUCCCUCUCCCCCAUCCCUCCCCACCGCCUUCCCCCCCACCACCCCCUCCUCACCACCACCCCCUCCCCCCUACCACACCCCCUCCCCGGCUCAUUUGCCAUGCGCGUGAGCCGGAGUGCCCCCGCGUGUGCCGGGUGGUGUCGAGAAGAGAGGAGAGAACCCCCCACAGCGUUUUCACAGUUCGAGUGCGACGGUGAGGCUGGUGAUUGGCUGGCAGCCUCGUCGGGCGGUUUUGCCGGAAUUGUGAAGUCGCGACUAAUUGCCACGUUUUUGUUCACGUGACAAACCUGAGUUGAUUGGCUGUGUCCGGUGGUGGUGGUGCGGGGUUAACGACAUGUUUAUAUUUUUACGCGAUCUAACCCAAAAAAAACCUUCUGUGGAUAAUAUUGGUCGAGAAAGCCGGCGUGCCAAACUGUUUUGUAUUUAUUUAACUUUUUUUAACCUUCGCUUCGAUCUCCCAGCGGGCUUUCUAACAUCGCAAGGAAGAGCGUUCCAGACGGCCACAGAAGCCGAUCUGAAAGCGAGCGAUGCGGGUGACCGUCUUUGUUCGACGCAUAGCCAAAAGCCGUUGCUGCGAGGAUGACCAGAGUUCGCGUGACGCUGGUUUAUGUUGAAACCGCAAUGUUUGUAUUGUACAAGACAUGACCUCCACCCCCCUACGGUGGCGAGGAGAUGUUAACUCCCUCGCCUGGUAUACAGGAGAUCGUGGAUUCGAUCCCGACCCUGACGCCUGCUGUAUAUUUGGAGUUUGCGUGUCUCUCUCCCCGUGGUCGCGUGGACUUUUCUCCCAGUGCCUCCGGUAACCCCCUCCCCCCUCCACAUUUUGGAUUGGACAUCACGCACGCGCUUUGAGAGUGUUUGGCUGCCGUACAUUUCCACACGACGACGAUGAUGAUGAUGUUGGGCCAAAUCGUUGAGCUGUCAUUUGUGAUAGCCGGGGGUUCCCUUCUGAAAAAAUUAACUGGUAAAAUAAAAAUAAAAUAGCGUUAGUCUCCCACCCAAGCCCACCAGAUUCCCCGAGUCCUGUAGACUUGGGAGCCGCGUUGUCUGUUCACGCGUCACGCAAGGCAGCAGAGGCGGCCUUCGUAGGCCACGGCGGGCGGUCGUCUGACGGUUCCGCUCAGCCCCGUCUCGUCGAGUGGAAGGCGCUGAGUUUGCUGCCUGCAAAAAGUUCACGGAGGGGGGUGGUGGGGGAGGCGGAGAGCUGGUGUUUAUGUUUGUUGUUGUUUAACAGUCUUAGCCAUACUUUUUGGUUCUUUCGGUAAAGUCACGUAGGUAUGAAAUAAAUCACGACGGACGCUUGUGUUGCGCCCGAAACGUCGUGAUUUAUUUUCUACCCACGUGACUUUACCGAAAGAACCAAAGAUCAUGGAUUCCUGCAGUCACGAAAGCUUCAAAUCAAGUCUUACCCGUCGCCUGACGGCCGUCUUGAAGCGUCAACUCUCCCUGUUACGCGCGGGGCGAUUAAUCCAGCUUACGGAAUAAACUAAAGUAAUAAUAAUAAAAUAAAUAUCCGUCAGCGUCAGGUUUGGGUUAGAUCGUGCCGGUAUAAAUAAAGCCUUGGAUGUGUUUUCAGAGACCAAUAACACUGGUCUACACACUUUUUCUGGCAUAAGGUAUUCCAACGGUUUUAAGGUAAUUUUGGGGUGCUGAUUCCAAAUCUGGCAUCAGUUUUUGUCUUAUCACAUCAGGUUUUUGAGAUAUCAAAUAUUGCAUUUUCAAUAAAAACUGCAGAAGAAAAAUAUUAAAUAAAUGUGGAUAUCUACAUAAAAUGAUAUUAUAAACACAGUUUCCUAAAAAUACAGCACCAUAUUUUAACACUAAAACAGUCGCUGACUCGUAAUAACUUGCAAUCAUAAGUGACAGAGUUAAUUUCGGGUAAAAUCAAUGAAAAUGGGGUAUGCCGAUAGCAUAAAAAAUUAUGUGAUAGAGCAAAUCUGAGAUCAGAUUAUUUGGAAUCAGCACCCUGAAAUUAGUCUAAAACAGCUGCAAAAGUCCAGGCCAGAAUUUUUUUUUGUUGACCAGUGUAAUGAAUCUUCGGUCAUAUCGGCUCGUUCACAUUUCUUACCUCCUCGCCCGUGGCUGCUUUGAAUCAUAAUCAGCCGCUGCUCCUCACUCGUCGAUGUGGGUUGCGGGGGGGGUCAGUGACUCGGUGCCCGGCACGUGACUAUAGACGUGGUCACGUGUCGGGGCAGUGGGGGGCAAAGUGAACCCCCGACUACUUUCAGAGGCAGGCGACGACCCACGGCGAUGCCUUCACACCCCCCACACCCAACCACGCAAAACUCUCCGUAGACGAGCAGAACGACGUUCGUUCGUGUUUUUUGUUGUUGCGUUAUCCGCGUGUUUUUGUUGUGUCCAGGCGUGCCUGUGCCCCCCUCCCCUCCUCCUCCCUCCACCUCCUCCCAUGACCCCAGAUAAUCGAGAGACGACCGCUUGCGAUGCAUCAUCGCCGCCCACCGCUUCUCCGACCCUUCGCCGGCGUCGAUUUGUACGGAAUCUCGACCAGCGCGCUCGCUCGCGUCUGCGUUCGAAAUCGGUCGCGGUGGUGUGAGCGAGGCGAGUUGUUGGAGUGGACAGCGGAGCUGCUCGUGUUUUAUACAGCGAAGGAGAAAGGCGGUUGGAUGGUUGGUUUAAGGGGUUCUCGUGAGAAGUUAUUUCGUAAUGUUCCAAGCGUUUCUAGUUUCCUCUUCCCCCCAAAUCAUCACCGUUUGUCGUCGCCGGGAGUCCACACGAAGCCCCGAACGGAUGUUUGGCUCGACGGUAUAAAGCUGUGGUGGCGUCGGCGGAACGUUGUCUGAUAACUCCAUUGCGUAUGAUGCGCGAUAACUGCUUGGUAACGAUUGGGGUUAUCGAGUAGUUAACUCGUAAUCGAGGGGGGGGGGGCGGGGGUUUGGGUUAGAUCCCGUAAAUAUAAAUGUGUCGUUAUUCCCAACAUGCCAAUGAAUUGGUUACCAGUUCAGCAAAACUGGUGUGUUUGAGAGUAAACCCCGCAACAUUUACAAUUCGAGUGCCGUGAGGUUAUAUAUUCACGCGAUCAAACCACCCCUCCGCCCCCUCUCUCUCAUGAAUAACAUUUGUCGUGAAAUCCGACAACUACCACGACUACGGUGUUAAACGAGUUCACGCGUAUUGGCCGCUGAGAAAUGUAAUUUUUUACCGUCGGUGCGACUAACGGAGUUCGCCUGCCCAUAGGCGAUGGGGUAGAGGUUCCUGCCGUGGUCCGUGGCCUAAAGAUGGAAUUUCCCAGGUUCCAACGACCCCCCCGGGUUGGUCGUGUGAGCGUGCCACCCCGGCGAGGCGUUAUUGAAACUCAACAAACAACACGCACACAGGUGGCAGCUUCGAGUGACGAUUGUAAUGUGUACCCGUACGUUUCCGAUUGUACGUUACCGCGCGUUGAACUUUCUUCGCACCGUGCCGUAGCCAACCGGGAAGGACAACAAACGCGAACGUGACGUAAAAGAAGCAGUUUCUAGAGAAAUUAGUUUUUAUUAAAGUUUUGAGUUGUAACGCGAUGACCCUUU